GUCAUCUCCACUCCACAGUGUUUCAACGGAGCGCUGCACAAGUCCUAAAUUGAGCUGCUACCUUAUUGAAGUUGUCCAGCAUCCCUGUCCAGAGAUCUCCAUGGCAGGCACCAUGCUCCUCAGAGUCUCUCUCCUGCUCCUCGCUGGAUCCAUUCUCCUCAGCUGCAUCCCUGCACAGAGGAUUAGAGUGAGAAGACAGAACAUGAAGGUCCGCAUCAACGCCACCGGCGACACCAUCGUGAUGAAGUUUGUCCGUCCCAACCCUGACACCAAGCUGGAAGGCUACAUCCUGGGUUACGGCAGCAGCAUGUUCUCUAAACAGUUCAUCCAGCUGCCUGAGAAUGGAGAGCCCUACGAGACUGAGAUAGACGCAGAGCCCAAGUAUCUUGUUGCUGUCCAGCCAAUCCCGAGUAAUGAUGUGAAGAAACAAUGCACAGGAAAGGUCAACCUGGAGAAGCCACUCCACCUGGUGAUUGGCUCUAUCACCCCAACCUCUGUGCUGCUGUCCUGGGGAACCUUCCUGAAGACGCCCUAUGAUGUAGGCAACAUCAUGAACGACUGUCUGGAAGACGGACACUACACCGUCCGCUACAGGGAGAGGAACAGGAAGUGGAUCUACCAGACCUGCCCCACCAGCGACACCGUGAUUGACAACCUGAAGCCCAACACCCCAUACGAGUUUGGGGUCCGCUCCAACAAAGACGAAAGCAGCGGAGUCUGGAGCAAGCCUGUCAUUCACAAAACCAACAUGGGUGCAGGGUUGGACAAAAUCAUCCAGAAGCCCUACAAGCACCGGACCCUUAUUGCGAAGCCAAUGAAACCACCCAUGUCCCGCGCACUUUUCCCACCUCGUCCAGCUAUUCACAACAGGACUCAGCCUAGAAUCCCUCCUCUGACCAAAAAUCAAGGUUUCCCAGGAGCUCCCAAGACAUCUUUCGCACCACCAGAGAGCCACCUGGAAGCUAGACCUGACCCCCGCUCCAAUGAGCCUCAAUGGCCACAGUUCCCACUGGACGGAGGAAACAGUAUUAGAAAUGCUUCCUCUCAUCUCGUGGACCUCCCUCCUGCCUCCCCCCAACUCCUGCCCACCAAAACCCCCAGUACCUCCUCUGCCACCCCUGUCCCUAACAACCCCUCUCCACAUGGUGAAAAGCAACAGGGAAAGACCCAACCCAGGGGACCUACUAGCGCCACAGAGAAGCCACAUAACCCUUCCUCUGCUUUCAGUGAAUCACAGGAAGGAGCAUCACUGCUGACACACGCCCUGGGCAGUGAGAAAGCCAAUAAUAAUAACUUGGGUCAAGGCAGCCAGAGAAAUUUGAAACCCCAUGGCCCGGCCAUCACACUGAUAGCCAGGACCAUGAAGUCUCCUGCUGCCAGAAACCCUCUCUUUCCCUUCACUGAUGGCUCAAGACAAGAUAUCCCAUCCGCCUCCUCCUCCUCCUUCACCUCCUCCUCCUCCUCCUCCUCUUCCUCCUCCUCUUCCUCAUCCCUUCUUCGUAGUGCCAAUAACUCAUCACAGACCUCCGGUACACCAGGGGGUCAAGACAGCCAGAGAAAUUUGAAACCCCAUGGCCCGGCCAUCACACUGAUAGCCAGGACCAUGAAGUCUCCUGCUGCCAGAAACCCUCUCUUUCCCUUCACUGAUGGCUCAAGACAAGAUACCCCAUCCUCCUCUUCCUCCUCCUCCAACUCCUCCACCUCCUCCUCCUCUUCCUCAUCCCUUCUUCGUAGGGCCAAUAACUCAUCACAGACCUCCGGGACACCAGGGGGUCAAGACAGGCAGAGAAAUUUGAAACCCCAUGGCCCGGCCUUCACACUGAUAGCCAGGACCAUGAAGUCUCCUGCUGCCAGAAACCCUCUCUUUCCCUUCACUGAUGGCUCAAGACAAGAUACCCCAUCCUCCUCUUCCUCCUCCUCUACCUCCUCCAGCUCCUCCUCCUCCACCUCCUCCUCCUCUUCCUCAUCCCUUCUUCGUAGGGCCAAUAACUCAUCACAGACCUCCGGGACACCAGGGGCCAAUGGUAAGCAUCACAAAGGACCCGGCCUUCCCAAACCAGUCGUUUGGAACAGACUGAGAAUGGCAAACACAAACAACUCGCUGUUGGAGGACAUAAACCCUGGUGUUUCGGGCCGUUCAGGCUUCUUUUCCAUUGAGGACCAGUUCUAUGGAUCUCGUCCAUCCAUUCCUGUCAACAAAAAGACCAACCUGGUUGGCAAACCUGGUGAUAUGGACAAGCUGAAUGUUUUGAAGCAAACAGACAAGGCCUCCAUUUUGAAGAAGUUUCCAUCAGUGACGUCUAAACCUGCCAAGCAAGAACGCAGACACACAACAACGACCGCACCAUCAGUCAAUGACAUCUGGUUUGAAACCUGGGUGAACUCUUCAUUAUUCAGCUCCUUGCCAGCCUCUGACGUGGACGCAUUGGGAAAGAAACGUUUUGUUGCACCCCAUGUGGUCUACAAGACGGACAAGAAACCAGACGAGCCUUGUUCCAUCACCUCCUCUCUCAACUACUUCCCAGAGGAGGAGGGCGGGCAGACAAACGUGACCGCCCCGCCCAAGUCUCCGCCCUCCAACCUCACCGUGGUAACGGUGGAGGGAUGCCCCUCCUUCAUCAUUCUAGACUGGGAGAAGACUGACAACGACACAACAGAAUAUGAGGUCAUCUCCACGACGAAGGGACCAGAUGGUACUCAGGUCUCCAUCCUGACCACCAACCAGACUCACACUGCAGUGGAGAACCUCAAACCAGAGAGCAGCUACGAGUUCAAAGUGAAACCCAAGAACGAGCUUGGAGCGGGGCCACCCAGUGAGCCUGUGUCCUUCAACACCGAAUCAGCGGACCCACGUGUGAGUGAGAAUGUCUCAGGAAAAGAUGCCAUCUGGACCCAGUUCCCCUUCAAGACAGACUCGUACUCGGAGUGCAAUGGCAAGCAGUACGUGAAGAGGACCUGGUACCGCAAGUUUGUGGGCAUUCAGCUCUGCAACUCCCUCCGAUACAAGAUCUAUCUGAGUGAUUCUCUCAACGGUAAAUUUUACAACAUUGGGGACCAGACUGGCCAUGGUGAGGACCACUGUCAGUUUGUAGACUCGUUCCUCGAUGGAAGGACAGGAAACCAAGUCAUGGCUGACCAGCUGCCAGCAAGAGAAGGGUAUUACAGGGCUAUGAGACAAGAGCCUGUCAACUUUGGUCAGAUAGGACGGAACUCUCACGUCACCUACGUGUCAUGGUACGAGUGUGGAACGCCCAUUCCUGGCAAAUGGUAGGACCCCCCAAAGCUGUCUGUGGAGAAGCCCGAAGAAUAUAAAUAUAAAACCGUCUAGGUAGGUGGCAGGAGGGGUCCUUCCACGCAUCCCAUCAGUCUCUGGAUGCUACAUAUCCCCCAUCCAGCCGCCUCUGAACCACAGCCAUGUAAAAACGUGUACAUGAUCUACGUGUCAGGGAAAUAUUAUGUCCAUAUGUAAUAGCUUUAUCUCAUCUUAUUUAUCAAACAUGACAAAAAGGCAAACUGAUAAAAACAACAUAGUAUGAGAUAGAUGGAGAAACUUCUAACAAACAGUGUGAGGUAACAAGCAUACAGUAGAUAUAAUUUUUAUUGAAAUAAUGGGAAGCUGGCUCCCUGAAACUUAUUUUGAUAACGUGUAUAAUAUUAUUUAUCAAAGUGUUUGAUGCCAUGUUCCGAGUUCUAGGAAAUGGGUUAUAAUGCAACGCUUCUGCUGUACAGUACGAGUUGUAGAGUUUCAGACAACCUGACAGAAUUUCAUGGUUUCAUUCAGUGACUGAUUCAUGGUGCAAUAAUUGUUCCAUAGAUUGGUCAGUCUUAGGGUUCUAUUCAAUCCGUAUCACUGAAGUUCAGCGUUACGGCAACAUUCCCGUGUUAGUGGAGACUGCAUUCAUGGUAAACGCUGCAUAUGUCGGCUCAAUCGGAAAUGACCUUUACAUUUCGAUCGCGCAAUCUCUAAAUCUACAAGUUGAAUCCAGCCCUAGUUCAUAAUACACCUUCAGAGAAGAUAAUGCUGUAUAUAUUAACAUGAAGUCCACUCUCACACAUAUCCUGUAACCAGUGGAGGCUGGCUCAUAAUAAUGGCUGGAACAGAGUAAAUGGAAUGGCAUCAAACACAUGGUAACCAUGUAUUUGAUGUAUUUGAUAACAUUCCACUAAUUCCGCUACAGCCAUUACCACGAGCCCGUCCUCCCCAAUUAAGGUGCCACCAAUCUCCUGUGCCAGUAACGUUCAUUGUAUGAAUGUUGACCGAGCUAUGGCGCAUGGUGCACCUGCAUUUUCCCCUCGCUGUCACCUAAAAUCAAAAACAAGCAUAGGAAAAUAAGCACACACGCAAACACACAUCCACAAACUCAUACACACAGAGGAGGUCUUGUACCAAACCAAUAUUUCUCCUUCAGUAGCCCUGAUAUAUGGGGUGGCAAUGCAUGGGAGGUCUUUACACUUGCAAUUUGCACAGCAUAAAUGUAUUUAUAUGUAUAUGGAGAGAAAGUAUUUUUUCAACUAACUUUUGCAAAGACACGUCCCUUAAAGCGACCAUUCAUACUUCUCAGUGUUCCUCUGGCAACAUUUUACAACCUCUGAUACAACACAUUGUAUUAUAUCAUGUUGGAAAAUAAGAGAGACAUCUUUUCUUCUUAGUAGCCUUGAUAAAUGGUACAGAGAGGAGUCCUGUUGAAUGAUUUCUUAGUUUUGUACAGAAAUACACUUUUGGCUCCAUGCGCUUGCAGAUCAGUGUUUUUAUGCUUAUUUUGUAUGGAAAAUGUUUGUCACAUGAAACUGUACUGUUGUUUUUUCAAACAUACUUUCAUUCCUGUAUCUAGUUUCAAUAAUAAAAGCAGAAGUUCUGUUCCUUUUUUAUAAAAAAAAACAUGUCCUUGCCAUUUUUCACUUAGGGUAGCUAGAGUGAUAGUGUUUUCCAGUUGAAGAAGCGUACUGGUGGAACUUGAAAAAUAAACUGCCUUUCUUAA